CGCCCCAGACUCGCCAAAAUAAAAGACAGGCCACAAACCUGUCAGAUGCGUUGGCCUUCCCGCUGCUUCACGGCGUUCUUUUCAUGGCUUGACACCUAACUGUCGUCCGACCCCUCCCUCUGCCCCUCCUCCCCCCUUCUUGCCCAACACCCUCAACAUGUCAGACCACCUCCUCUCUCGCCGACCCGACCGCUUGAGGGCAUCAGGGCAGGAGAAGAAGUGAGGGAAGAUUUAGUCGAGGCACUUACAGACAAUUUUGUUAGCCCCGCCCCUCCGCCGAGGACGCAACUCUAACAGGUGGAACGCUCUGAUGCAAGAUGGCAGCCGGCGUGGCGACGUGGCUGCCUUUUGCCCGGGCGGCAGCAGUGGGCUGGCUGCCGCUAGCCAAGAAGACGAUGCCCAAACCACCAGUGGACAAGUCGUCCAGGUCAGAUGAGAUCCUGUACGUCAACGUCAGCGGGGUCAGGUUUCAGACAUGGAAGAACACUCUGGAUCGUUAUCCUGACACGCUGCUGGGCUCCUCGGAGAAAGAGUUUUUCUACAAUGAAGACACGCAAGAGUACUUCUUCGACAGGGACCCUGAAAUGUUCCGACACAUCCUGAACUUUUACCGCACUGGGAAGCUCCACUACCCGAGACACGAGUGCAUCCAGGCCUUCGACGAGGAGCUGGCCUUCUACGGCAUCGUGCCGGAGAUCAUCGGAGACUGCUGCAUGGAGGAAUACAGAGACAGGAAAAAGGAGAACCAGGAGCGUCUGGCGGAGGACACGGAGGCCAACGAGGGGAUGGACGCCCCCCUCCCUCCAGACAGCACCUCCAGGGAGCGUCUGUGGCGAGCCUUCGAGAACCCCCACACCUCCACCAUGGCGCUGGUCUUCUAUUACGUCACCGGCUUCUUCAUCGCCGUCUCUGUCAUCGCCAACGUGGUGGAGACGGUCCCCUGCCGGCCUCCCAAAGGCAGCGUCAAAGACCUUCCCUGCGGCGAGAAAUACCAGCUGGCCUUCUUCUGCAUGGACACGGCCUGCGUGCUCAUCUUCACCUUUGAGUACCUGAUGCGCCUGUUCGCCGCGCCUAGCCGCUGCAAGUUCAUGCGCUCGGUGAUGUCGGUGAUCGACGUGGUGGCCAUCAUGCCCUACUACAUCGGCCUGGUGAUGCCCGAGAACGAGGACGUGAGCGGCGCCUUCGUCACCCUCAGGGUCUUCCGAGUCUUCCGGAUCUUCAAGUUUUCUCGGCACUCGCAGGGUUUGAGGAUUUUGGGCUACACGCUGAAGAGCUGCGCCUCCGAGCUCGGCUUCCUGCUCUUCUCCCUCACUAUGGCCAUCAUCAUCUUCGCCACCGUCAUGUUCUACGCCGAGAAGGGCACCAAGGGCUCCACCUUCACCUCCAUCCCGGCCUCCUUCUGGUACACCAUCGUCACCAUGACAACGCUGGGGUGA